AUGAGAAACGAGCUAACAACAACUUGGCGAUUUGAGGAUAGCUUCUUUCUGGCCACACUCUUUAGGGAGGCCCCAUCAUCACCCUACACCGAGCGGAGCUCAACCACCAACGGGCAGAUCCGACUGCUUGGAGACGCACCGAGGAUGCUGGAGGAGGAGGAGGAUGAGGAGGACGAGGAGCUGGAGGAGGACGAGGAGGAGGAGCUGCUGGGCGAGGAGGGCGGCGGACUCCUGCAGGAGCCCCGACGGGGCCCCGCCGCGGCCGGCGGCGCCGAGGGCGGCGAGCUGUCGCCCAAGGAGGAGCUGCUGCUGCACGCCGAGGACGGCGAGGGCAAGGACGGCGAGGAGAGCGUGUGCCUCUCGGCCGGCAGCGACUCCGAGGAGGGGCUGCUCAAGAGGAAGCAGCGCCGCUACCGCACCACGUUCACCAGCUACCAGCUGGAGGAGCUGGAGAGGGCCUUCCAGAAAACACACUACCCCGACGUCUUCACCAGCGCGCCGGCGAGCGCCGCCGCGGACCGGCGCGCCUCGAGCAUCGCCGCGCUGCGCCUCAAGGCCAAGGAGCACGCGGCGCAGCUCACGCAGCUCAACAUCAUCCCCGGCGGCAGCGCGGGCAAGGAGGUGUGCUAA